UCCCUCGCUCUUUACGCCCCUUUUAUUCCAUUGAGAGAGAGAGAGAGAGAGAGAGAGAGAGAUGAAAGGGGUUUCAACGGUUACAGAUGGAGAGAGCGUGACCCUUGAAGAGUUGAAGCAGAAGAUGGCAGACUUCGCAAAAGAAAGAGACUGGGAUCAGUUCCACAGCCCCAGAAAUCUCCUCUUAGCCUUGGUGGGAGAAGUAGGAGAGCUGUCUGAAAUAUUUCAAUGGAAAGGAGAGGUACCAAAAGGACUACCGGAUUGGAAAGAUGAGGAGAAAGUACACUUGGGUGAAGAGCUUUCAGACGUUUUGCUCUAUCUUGUAAGGCUAUCAGACAUUUGUGGGGUCGAUCUUGGGAAAGCUGCGCUUAGAAAGGUCCAUCUUAAUGCCAUUAAGUACCCUGUCACUCAAUGCAAGGGCUCUUCUAAGAAAUUCAACAGCCACAACAACAAGAACAACAACACUAGCAACAACAACAGCAGUUUGGAAAGUGACUGAUCUUUUUUUAAUUCCCCCUUAUGUUUUAUGCUAUUUUCUCAUUUGGGUCUUUAUG